CCAACACAGGCCACCGACACAUGGAGUCCUGAUUGCCUCACCUUCAACGUCGUCAGCCUCCCCUCAUUCUCAUGACAACAGACCUGCACCAUUAUCUACACUCCCAAACACAUCUGGUCGUUGCUUUUGACACGUUCGACCGGCUGUAAGUCUUCUCAACAGGGCUCAUGGCGCCCGGAAGACCAUUGAAGCGCCAAAAGACCAAUCCAACGCAACAGCCUCAGAACGCUCCCCGUCCACAGUCUUCCCAAUCUCCACUACCUCCAAAUCCCCCAUCAGGUCCAAGUCAACCUGUUCCGCCUCCCACCCCCAAAGAAGAGUCUCGUUCGGUAGGAGAUUCCCGCUUUGUCUCGACAAACAACUCACCUUCAACACAGUCCUUCUUCAGUCGAACAUGGCCUCGCAAGGCUCCACCGCUUACCGAGAUCGCCCGCGAAAGCGUGUCAUCCGCCACAAAUGUUGCACAAGAGGCUGCUAUUGUCGUCAAGGACAGAGUCAAAACUAAGAGAUCGCCUUCACUAGCCAUGACUCUGGGCAAAUCCCCUCCCAACAGCUCUAAUCGCUCUCUCCCCGCCGAUACCGCCACUACAAUUGUCAACGCUGUCCCCGAGAGUCCCAGGCAUGAAGAACAGGCAAAAUUACAGGCUGGAAACUCUGUAUCAUCUAAGGAGGAGCCAUCGAAUGACAUGAAGAUUGAUAACAUAGAUAACCAUCAAGGACCUGGAAACCCGCCACCGACAGGAUCACCCGAAACCCAUGGACCUUCGGAUCAGGCAUUGCUUCAGGGUACUCGGCAAGCACAAGACGGUCAAACAGGAUGGCUGACCUGGCUCUCGAGACGCGAUGCUCAGAACCCUGAGUCACCUCAGACAAAACCAGCCAAAGAGAUACCUCCUGAUUCGAAGACACCCGCAGACGAUACAAAAGAACCUCCGAUUAUCACUGAACAAAGUCCUACCCAAAAUGAGGGAACCAAAUCCAGUCCAGAGGAUUCAAAACCACAACCAACCCCCAGCAAGCGAAAUUGGUAUCAGAUGUGGGGUGGCGAAACUCCUGCUGAGCCUGUUCCAACCCCUUCGCAGACCAUAACGAAGGAGGACCCCCCCAAAGACUCUAACAAGCCACCUGAAGCUGCAGACAAACGAACCCAAUCUCUCAAAAUACCAGAGCCUCCAGCUUCCAAAGCUGCCUCACAGGCAUCUUCUUUGGAAACGUCACCCCCUCCACCACUCCCUGGAGACGCAUCCAAGUCAUCUGGCUGGGUGUUCUGGUCACGAGACCGGAAUCAGCAUGGUCACUCCAAAUCAGAAAGCACGCCGCACCUCGGUGAACUUGCAAUCUCGGAUACACCUUCUCAGGCAAAGCCCAAGCGAGCUUCAAUUAGUCUUCCGGAAGGUCAGAAGCCUGUUCUCAAACCAUCACAGGAAGAGUCCACCAAGAAAGAGAAGCCCCCCAAGACUGCAGAAGACAAAGGUCAGUCGGUCAAGGGCAGCGGCGACAAUCCGCAGACAAAGGAUGUGAAAUCUGUUCCGGUCGUGAAACCAAAGAACGUAAAGCAGACAGGCGCGACAGCCAAGGCUGAAUCAUCGAAUGCGACGGCAAAGGCAAGAGAACCAGUACAAGUUGAAACACCUAGAACCGGCUCACCCGCACCGUCCAAGAAAGAGACACCAAAUCUCUUAUUGCCAGCAUUCAGAGAUACACUGAGUCCGCAGGAGAGUCCCACUAUACUGCAACAACUUGCAAGACUCCUAUAUUAUACGAGAGAGACAGGUUUCAAACAUCUUCAUCUGGUUAAAGAUCCACCGCGAAUAUCCAACGCACUCGCCAUUGGGGUCCACGGGUACUUUCCGGCUCCCCUUAUUCGAUCAGUACUAGGACAGCCCACGGGAACAUCAAUCAAGUUUGCUGACAUGGCCGCAUCAGCUAUCAAACGGUGGACUCGUAGCCGGGGAUAUGAGUGCGAAGUCAAGAGUGCAGCCCUCGAAGGCGAAGGCAGAAUCUCCGAACGGGUUGAACUGCUUUGGAAAUUGCUUCUCAACUGGAUCGAUGAAAUUCGAAAGGCGGACUUUGUCAUGAUCGCCUGUCACAGUCAAGGUGUUCCGGUGGCGAUAAUGCUUGUGGCUAAACUUAUCGCCUUUGGAUGCAUCACUGGUGCCCGCGUUGGGAUUUGCGCCAUGGCUGGAGUGAACAUGGGCCCGUUCCCCGAGUACAAGUCUCGUUGGAUCAGUGGAUCUGCGGGAGAGCUGUUCGAAUUUUCCGACAGCAACAGCAAGGUCUCACUUGAUUAUCAAGCAGCAAUCGAGGAGGUCCUGACGCAUGGAGUCCGACUGACUUUUGUCGGCAGCAUUGAUGAUCAAUUAGUGUCGAUGGAAUCAUCCAUCUUCGCGCCCAUUACACACCCUCACAUAUACCGAGCAGUGUUUGUGGACGGCCGCAUCCAUGCACCCAACUUUCUCUCGCACCUAGUGGGAUUCGCAAUGAAGUUGCGGAAUGUUGGGGUUCCAGACCAUGGACUGAUCCGAGAAUUGUCACCCCCUCUGGCUGGCAGCUUGUACUCAGGAGAAGGGCAUUCACGAAUUUACGAAGACGACAGCGUAUAUGAUCUUGCCAUCCAAUUUGCGUUGGAGACCACGACGAUGAAAGAGAUACCAGUUACUAGAAGACCGACCACCAGCUCGGCAGGAAACCCUUAUAUUUUACCUUUUGCCAUGCGAGGAAUCUUGGAGGAGGAUUAUGUCAAGACAGAAUUGCAGAACGAGGCACAGGAGUUACUGGCGCAAUUCGACGAUUGGAAGCCAACAACCAAGGCACUCAAGGAUGUUAAGUUUCGACUCGAGGGGAUUCGAUCGAAGUUGUAGAAUACUCGGAUGAGGUGGGGCGUUGAAUAUGCUUUAUUAUAUACCUAAAGGUAGACAUUCAAUGUCAUAACAUUACCA